AUGAGGGGCAGCAGCAGGAGCAGCAGCAGCAGCAGCAGGAGCAGCAGAAGCAGCAGAGGCAGCAGCAGCAGCCGAAGCAGCAGGGAGAGUUUUAGCGGCAGCAGCACCUUGAUGGAGGGCCAGCUGCUGCGUCAUUUGUAUGGAUCGCAGCAGCAGCAGCUGAGCCUACGGGAAGCAGCUGCAGCAGCAGCAGAAGAAGCAGCAGCAGCAGAAUCAGAAUCAGGAGCCUCUUCCGACACCGUGUAUUCUUCAGACAGUUUAGAUGAGAGGAGUUUCAGCCCCAUGCCUUCGAAGCAAUCAUCACGCUGGGAGGAGGAGGGCUCCUCCAGAGAUGACAGCAGCAGCAGCAGCAGCAGCCGCAGCAGGAGCAGCAGCAGCAGCAGCAACUGCAGCAGGCAACCCUCGAAAGGGGCUUUUCCUAGGGCCUCUCCUCCCACUCGCGCGGAGCUUCCCCUAAGAAGACGCCGCAGCAGCAGACGCAGCACUGUUAGGGGGUUGCGGCGACUGCAGCAGCAGCAGCAGCAGCAGGAUGGAAGGAGCAGCAGCAGAAGCAGCAGGAGCAGCAGGAACAGCUGGUCAAAAGUCUCUUCAGUGAACGCCGUAGGCAGUGAAGACGCCGACCCCAGCAGCAGCAUCAGCAGGCGCAGCAGCAGCAUCAGCAAUCGCAGCAACAAAGCAAGCAGCAGCAGCAGCAGCACCAGCAGCAGAAUGGCUGGCAGCGACGGAGGCUCUUCAUUUGACUCUGCUCCUGAAGAGGAGGACAACAAGCAGCAGCUUCCGUCGUCCCCUGCAGCAGAAGAUGAAGCAGCAGCAGCAGCAGCUCCUGCAACAGCAGCAGCAGCUCCUGCUACAUCAGCAGCAGCAGACGCAGAUGCUGCUGCUUUUCUCCCUGUGCCGGCUGCUGCUCAGCGUCUGCUGUCUGCUGUGGGGUUUGGCAUGUGGGGCUUUGAGGCCGCGGAGUCUGCAGCAGCAGCAGCAGCAGCAGCAGCAGCAGGUGACGACGCAUACGAGGACAGCACGUUGCAUUCAGACAGCAUGCAGCAGCAGCAGCAGCAGCAGCAGCAGCAGCGUGGUGCUGCAGAGCCAGGGAGUCGUACAAUCAAUGAAGUUAAGACUUCUUCUUCUUUGCUGCCUGUUGAUUACUUUCGUCGAUUCCCCGUGGGAUGUUUGCAGGGUAUAUUUUGUUUUUUAGAAGCUGAAGAAAUAUUAAAGGUUUCGGGUGUAUGUGCAGCUUGGCGUGCUGCUGUACACAACUCUUUAGGAGCCUUUCAGAAGGUUUCUGCUGUUAGGCUUGAGGGAGUGUGGCUGCGGCUGGGGGAGAGAGAGAGGCAGCAGGCGUUGCUGCAGCUGCAGCAGCUGCACCAGCUGGAGGUUCCUGCUGCUGCCUUCGCCCCCACAAACCACAACACCAGCAGCAGCAGCAGCAGCAGCAGCAGCAGUAAGAGCAGCAAGAGCAGCAGCAGCAACAGCAGCAGGGGUGUGCUGCUCAUGGAGGAAGUUGCUGCUGUUGUUGCAUCUAACAGCAGCAGCUUGCGCGUCUUAGAGCUGCAAUCUGCAGAAUCCCCUUCUUUAAAUUGUUCUUCAUCUUCUUCUUCGUCUUUUAAUGCUCUUUGCUCAUCUUUAGGAAGGCCCUUUGCUCUAAGGCCUUUGACCUUCUCAUCUCUUUAUCGGCUGUCUAUUUCAGGUGUAGAUACACCGCGCUGGCUGCAUGCACUCAACAACUGCAAAUUUCCUAAACUUAAAACUCUCAGAGUCACCUACUUCCCCCCUUCACCAACGCACUGGUCCUGGAAGGUCUUCCCUGACUACACGCCUCUAGCAGUGAGGGGUUUGCAGCGGAUGCUGCGAGAAAUGCCUGCGCUUGAAAAUCUUACGUUGGGGUUGAGUGUUGCUGCAGAACCACCAGAAGAAACAAACCAGCAGCAGCAGCAGCAGCAGCAGCAGGAACAGCAGCAGGAGCGAGAAACCGCUGCGCAGCAGCACCCUUCUACCAGCAGCAGCAGCAGCAGCAGCAGCAGUAGCAGUAGCAGCAGCAGCAGCAGCAGCAGCAGCAGCAGCAGGAGAGUGACGGACUUAGGGGGAGGCUGGCGUUAUGAAGAAGAUGAAAGUUCUAUAGGGGGCCCCCCGUGGGAGGUGUGGGGGCCCCCUGCUGCUGCAGUUGGAGGGGGGCCCCCCCCCUAUGGAGGCUCACACUCUGCGUUUGCUGCUAAGAGAGGACGCAUAAGUGAAGCAGACCUCAGCGAUAUUUUUGCUGUUGUCUACACUCGUGCUGCUGCUGCUGGAAAUCUUAAAAGAAUUACUUUCAUUACAAAGCAGCAGACGCAAGAAGAGGGGCCCCAGCACUCCCUCAGCUUGCUGCAGCAAGACACUACACCUCUUGUUGAUGCCGUCUCUGCUGCUGCAGGCUUUUGCUUCCGAUACGUCAGCAGCAUAUUCGGACAGCAGCACCAGCAGCAGCAACAGCAUGAGCUGCAGCACGAACUGCAACUAGAGCAGCAGCUAGAGCAGCAGCAGCAGCAGCACCAACCGCAAGACACGCAGCGCUGA